AUGGACUCCGAGCCGCCUUCCCUCCCUCUCGAGCGCUCCGUCUCCCAGCAUAGCGCAGCGUCCAUAAGGAGCACUCGCUCCUCUGCUCUUCGAGUCAAACGAUCCAAGCUGACCUCACAACCCUCGAGCUCCGCAAGCUCCAUCGCUGCCUCCGAGGAUAAGUCCCUGACGAGCUUCCCCUCCAUUCCUCCCGACUCCCCCACGCCCGAACACGCAUUUCCCCCGGUCUCGCCCACCACUUCGCUCCCGGAACCUGAGCCCCCCGCUACUGUUCGCAAGAUCUCCGACACCAGGCACAGUCCCAUCUCUCUGCUGGGCGGCUUGGCCGGCGGCCCCUCUGCCGAGCACACCGCCCGCGACGCCCUGUUCGAGGAUUCGCCCAUCUCGACCCACAAGAUUCCCGGCGCCCUCCACCAUGCCGACGAUGAGCACAUCGGCCGCCUGAUCGCCAGACACGGCGCCGUCGCACUCGUCAGGCAGGUUGCUACCGAUUUGGCCCAGCGCGAUGCCCAGAUCGCCCAGCUGCGGAGGAAGGCCGAUGAAAGAGAGAGGGCUCUGCGCAAGAUCAUACUGGAAUGCGGACUCUCUAACCUCGAACUAGAGACGAGGCUGAGGGCCGUUGAAAGCGAGGUCAAGACGACCCGCCCGGGUAACCGCCGAAACGAGAGCGGCCUCUCUGACCUCAUGAGCGAUGCCAUGCAGGACACCGUCAUCUACAAUGUCUUUGGACAAACCGAGGUCAGCGAUGCCACCAUCCGCGCCAGCAACCUGGCCACGUCCUCGAACCCCGACGGCAGGGGAACUGCGAGGGGCUGGAAGGAUUACCUGUGGGGCGGGUCGAGCAGGAAGGGCAGCGUGCCCAGCAGCGUCAACGGCGACGACUUGAGGCCCGCCACCUUCCUAAGGACACAGUCAAGCGCCGACAAGAGACCUGGCCUCCAAGACGAUCUCUUCAGCCCGCCUGGCGAAGGUCUGUUUCCCGACAGCGUCCCGCCGAGAACGCCGAGUCGAGCAUCCAGCAUCCAGUCCGGCCCCCCUGGUUCACGCAAGCCAUCAACUUCAGUUGCAGCCAGUCUCAUGAGGCUGGUGGCAGGCGGUGCCAUCAACACGCGCGAGAGCGGCUCCAACCGCGGAAGGUCCAAUAGCGCCACCCAUCCGCAGCCGACCGCGCGGGCGUCCUCGACCUCGAGUGCCAAGACCACACAAUCAAGCAGAGCAGUCUCGACUCAGGGCGGUCCCAAGGCCCUAAUGGCCAUGCGCAGGACGGGUACCAACCUCAAUUCUCUCCAGCCCGCCACCGCCACUAGGACACAGCCGCAAGAAAGAUGGGACGCAAUGUUGAGCCCGACGGCUACCACGGCCAAUCGACAAGAAAGCUACGGUCCCGUCGAGAUGGACGCGAUUCUCCCUCCCGAGACUCAGCCUCCAACCCUGACACACAUUUACAAUAACUACAUCGGCAGCGAGUACCUCACCGACCGCUUCGGCUUCAUCUACGACCAGCGUAGGAAGAAGAGGCAGCGCGAGGCUGCGCAGAUGGCGCACCACUUGAAGCAGGGAAGCCGCGCCGAGAUGCUCUCCAACGGACGGUCCGAUCUGUCCUCGCCCAUGAUCGAAGAAGAGGAGGUUUCGAGCCCCUUGAGUGGCGAAGACGGACCAGACAGCCCGUCGUCGGCGGAGGAACGCGCAGGCGAGGGGGGGAGGUCCAAGAAGUGGCAAGAUUACCUCAAGCUAGCAACAUUCCCCACCGAGCUCUUGUCUCACACCCCCGCCCUCAGCGCGCCGUCUCUUGAAGUGCUAGAAGGCGGCGAGCUGGGGACGAAGUCGCCCGGUCUCAUCACUGCCGACGAGCGGGGCUUCGUUCCCAUUGCGAGCACGACUACGUCCGUCAUCGACAGCGAUGCGACCCCUCCUGUUGAGACGGAUGCGGCAGGAGGAACGGUGGUCAGGGACGACACGGAGCCGGUGAAGCUUCUUCUCCAGCACAUGGGCGACCUGCACGAUUCCUUGCAGAGAGUAAAGGCCGCUCGCUGGAACGAGUUCUUGCGCAAAGUGAGGGCCGAGAGGAAGCGAGACGGUGAGGCCGCAGCGGCAGCCGCAGCCGCCCUUGCCGAGGCUCGUUACGAGCGCCCGACAGUGAAUCUGCCUGAAGCUGCCUUUGCCGACGGCGAACUGAUUGGCAUCACUGGCCUCGGAAUCAAGGGCAAAGUUGGACGCGCCAAGAGAACCGAGCUAAGGAACCUGGUUCUCGGUGGAAUCCCGGUCAACUUGCGUGCAAAAGUCUGGUCGGAGUGCUCAGGUGCAAACACGCUGCGCGUUCCUGGAUACUACCAGGACAUCAUCGCGCGGUCCGACAAGGACGACGACCCGACCGCUGUGUCCCAGAUCGAGAUGGACAUCAACCGCACGCUGACGGACAACAUCUUUUUCCGAAAAGGACCGGGCGUGUCGAAGCUGAAGGAGGUCCUCAGAGCCUACGCCCGCCGAAACCCAGAGGUCGGCUACUGCCAGGGCAUGAAUCUCAUCGCGGCCAACCUGCUGCUGAUCAUGCCGUCCGCAGAGGACGCCUUCUGGAUUCUGACCAGCAUCGUCGAGAACAUCUUGCCGUCGGGCUACUACGACCAUAGCCUCCUCGCGUCGCGUGCGGACCAGCAAGUCUUGCGCCGGUACGUGGCGGACGUGCUUCCGAAGCUAUCGCAGCACCUGGACGACCUCAGCAUCGAGCUCGAGGCGCUCACGUUCCAAUGGUUUCUGAGCGUCUUCACCGACUGCCUUUGCGCCGAGGCGCUCUUCCGCGUCUGGGACGUGGUGCUAUGCAUGAACGAUGGGAGCACCUUCUUGUUCCAGGUGGCGCUCGCGUUGCUCAAGCUCAACGAGCCGCAGCUCCUGCAGUGCGAUACGCCGGCGAGCGUGUACACGUACAUCAACCGCCAGAUGACCAAUCACGCCAUCAGUAUUGAUAACAUGAUCAAGGCCUCGGAUGGCCUGAGGAAGGAGGUCAAGCGCGAGGACGUCGAGGCGCGCCGGGACAAGGCCAUCCAGACGGAGAAGGACGCUGCGAGGCGGAGAGAGGAGAUGAACGCGGCGAAAAAGACCGGCAAGGUUAAUGGCAACGGCAACGGUAACGGGCAUGACAGCGGACACGAGGAGAGCGAGGCAGCAACGCCGGGGUUGGAUCUACGAGACCCGAUGCCGAUGGAGCAAGAAGAGCAGACGUGA